ACCAGACUUGGUGGCGUAAGCGACCAUUCUAUCCUUACGGGGUGAGAAAUUUUCUCCUCUUCAACUAUUCGUCAAGCUGCAUAGACUAAUAAACGUUGCUGUUCCUAAAGACGAGGCACUCCUUCAGUGAAAACGGUGCUUCUGCGCACAGUAGCUGCUAAGGUCCCCAACUAGACUAAAUUGGAUGAAAAACUCCCGAGAGACUCCCAAGUACACCACUCUCAGUCGCAGGUGGUUAAGGUUACAGCAUACCUACUGUCAACUACAAGACUGCUGUCUCCCUCUUCAGGUGGGUGAUGAAUGAGAAAAGGUACAGAAAAGGCGGUACUUAUACCAAGAGAUCCAUCCACAGGCCCAAUGUCUUCAGUAGGUUUCAGUGGGAAAUGGUUGUGGCCCACCACACCAAUGGAGGAGUUUUCGGAGAUUGGCCAUCAAAGAGGCACCUUCCUCAUGUGCUACCAGCUCAGCCUCUGUUCGUCUAGCCCUUUAUCGAGUGAACAUGUCAAGGAAAGCCUAGAACAUCUCUACAGGAAAGUUCCAAACUUGAGAGUCUGCUACGGAACGAGGGACGGAGUUUUAUGGUUUCGGGAAGCGGUCAACAGAGACAUUGACUUCCAGGUGGUCGAAACCGAAGACGUGUGGGAGGUGAUGAACUGCUUAAGAACUUACAGAUACAACUCGGAAACUGGUCCUCUGUGGUGUGCUAGGCUUGUCCCCGAUUCCCGAACGAGCUCGGCAGAGAACGGGCAUCACUAUGACCUGAUGCUCGGAUUCCACCAUGGCAUCACCGAUGGCUUUUCAGCGAUGAAAACGUGCGGUUUCAUCGUCUCCCUCUUGAACGAUGUGAUAGCAGGUAACCACAUCAAUGACGAAGAGCAACUAGCUGAAUAUACGAACCACGGAGAAACUGAAAGGGUGAUAUCAGAGAAGAGAUCUCUCCUCGAAAAUGAUCUAGGUUUACAAAAGCGACUAUUUAGCGAAUUAGAGAGGAAGAAGGAGAUCAAGUCUAUUUUCAGAGAGGCUGUCCAAAGCGCAGAAGGCGGCAAGGACAGGACCAGGAGUGUUCUCCGUUGCCUGGACGAGGAUGCGACUAAUAAAUUCGUUAAGAAAUGCCGCAGCGAAGAAGUUACUGUUCAUUCAGCUUUCACUGCUCUCGCCAAUGUAGCAAUGGCUGACCUCAUCGCAGAGGCAGACUCACGCCGAGAAUCUUAUCUUCUCAUCAACAAUCAUGUCAUUAACAUUCGGCGGUACUGGUCGGGUGACGUGUCGCGGUCCUUUGGCUGCCAUAUCGUGGCCCCAAUGACGAUCUUCACCGAAGUGCAACCUUUUGCUGAGGGGAAAUUCUGGGACUUCGCUCGCUCUGUUCACCUGGACCUCCAGAAAUAUCUGAAAGAAGGGGUCAUUCUGCAAAACCAAGCCCUUGGGCAGCUGAAGAAUUCUCCGAAACCGACUGCAAAGGACUUUUUCUAUCCGCUUCUCCCCUGCGAUUUCAGCACCUCCAAUCUGGGAGAUGUCACACCUUUGGUGACCGAAGGGGGAGAACACGUGAGACCCACCAAAGUGCUGAGAUCAGUAUCAAUCCAUUUCACAAAUGCGAGUUGGUCGCAUCUUUUCAACACGUUCAAAGGUCGCCUGAUUCAUGUUCUAGACUACAACAAUGCAACGAUGUCCAAAGAACUGGCGGAAAAAUAUUCCGACAACCUUUUCAAAAGGUUACUGGAAGUCACUGGAGAAUAAUAAUAAUAAGAUCGCAGGUAGAUCUUAUUCAAAGUGGUUAAGAAGGUAAGAGAAAAGAGGGGUUUCAAAUACUUCAGUAACAAUAACAUUGACAACACUUGGGCAAUAGUUGUAAGGACUAGGGCGGUCACCUUUCAUCAACAGAAAAAAGAAGGUUUCUAUUUUAUUUUCAUUCCACACGUUAAACUCAUUAAACGAUAGUGAAUUAGAUUUCCUUGGCUGGAAGGGAAUUGUCAUAAACUUAAAGGAAUGAUUUCUUCGUGUAAGACAGAUCGAUGAACAAUGAUGGUUUUUCGCUUUGAAUCAGGCAAGAAUUUCAAUUUUUCCAAUAAAUGAUCAUAAUGAACUUCCUCUAUAUUCCGUCGAUGACGACCACACAUUCCUUUACCAAACAAAUAAAUGUAUAGUAGAUUAAAAUGAUCUUAAUCACCUUCAACUGGUGGAACAUUCCAUCCUGUACGGCUCGAGGAGCAAUUGUCCAUGUAGGUAGGGAGUUAGUGCCGUCAGUGCACCUCAAAUGGUACAAGGUAAACAUUACUCAAGGUUCUUUUCAGCGUCCCUUCGGCCCCUAGCUGCAACCAUUUCAUUCCUUUUACUGUACCUCCGUUCAUAUUCCCUCUUCCAUCUUACUAUCACCCUCACCUAACAAUUAUUUCAUAAGGCAACUGAAAGGUUUUCCUCCUGUUACACUUUUCAAACAUUUUUACUGUCAGUUUCUGUUUAAGAACUGAAUGACAUUAUAGGUCCCAGCGCUAGACCUUUGGCCUAAUCCUAUAUUCUGAUAAUCCAAGGAGCAAUUAUGCGUUUGCCUGUAACUUUGGCUAACGAAUAACUUACGCAUUACGCAAAAGAAUUGGGAAUUAAUACUAUCAUAAAGCAUUUCAGUAACUCGAGAAGUGGCUAGCAUGCCUUGGCAAUUACUGGAGCCCUUAAGACAACCAUUUUGAGGGAUAGACACAAGGAGGACCUUCAGAUAGAACGCUUCCUCAAUCCAUUCUCCGUGUCGAGGGUGGAACUGGUAGGAGGGUCAAGGAAGAGAGACAGCUCUUGUUUUUACAGUACACAAAGUCACUAAGAGAGAGAGAGAGAGAGAGAGAGAGAGAGAGAGAGAGAGAGAGAGUCUUUACAUAUAUGCAUAUAUAUAUGCACACAAACACACACAUUUACUCAGAGAGAGAGAGAGAGAGAGAGAAUGUGUCUUUACAGUGCAUACACACACACACACACACACACACACACACCACGCACACACAUUUACUCAGAGAGAGAGAGAGAGAGAGAGUCUUAAUAUCGCUCAAACGCACACACACGCAAACACGGCAAGAGAGAGAGAGAGAGAGAGAGAAAGAGAGUCUUAACAGUGCUGUUACACACAUACACACGCAAUCACGGUAAGAAAGAGAGAGAGAGAGGCGUGAAGAAGCUUGUAUAUUUAGGGAUAAUGCUUAGGGAUAAAUUAUGUCAGUAUGGUAACCAGUACUGUCUCUUUUUCAUAUCUUAAUGAAAAAUUAACUUUGAAUAAUGAUAACGACCAACUACGAUUUAGUUAUGGUUCAACAACGAAUAUGGUUUUGCUGUGAUGCUUACGAUGUAUAGAAUUACAGCAAUCACAGCUGUUAAUCAUCCAGAUACAUUACUUUUAUUUCCUAUAGUAAAAAAUAAAUAACUUUUUUUUUCUCUUGUUGCAAGAAUUCUCAAAAAAGAUCUGCAAGUACCGAAAUUGAAUGUUUAUUCAAAGCAAUAAACAAGAUCCAAAUCCUCGAAAUAAACAGAUCAAAUCAUGGUCUAUACUCUAAUGAAGAGUGUUGUAUGCUAACAAUGAAUUAUCUAACAGAAUCGGAAAAGAGCUUUUUUUCAGGGCAACUCUCUCUCUCUCUCUUCUCUCUCUCUCUCUCUCUCUCUCUCUCUUCCCCUUUUGAUUUACUUGUUGAUAAUAAAUAAAUUGAGAGCACACGAGAGAAAAAGGUUAGUGAUGGAGCAGGGAGAAUCAGCUUUUCCUCUUGUGCUUAUAAGUGAUGGGAUGAAUUAUCACAGAGAACCUCGAUUACAUUGAUUUGGAAAGGGAAGGGGUUAAUGACUAACGCUUGAUUAAUAAGAGAUGGUAUUUGAGCUUCUGUCUGAAAGGGCUUUCUGAAAAGGACGCUACAGACCCCUCUCGCGAGAGGGGAAAUCUGGAUCUUUGUGAUACUCUCGCCUCGCUGGGAACAGGAUGCGCUGCCGUGUCCCAAAAGGGAGUUAUUCAUCUUGGUAUAAAUGCGAAUACUGUUAUGAAUUUUAAAAGAACUAUUUGCAUAUCCAUUCAAAGGAAAAAGUGCCAAGGACAAGGGCUAAGUCUACUCUUGCUAGUUGAGUUGAUGUUUUGUCAUAAGUAUUUAUUUACAACUUCUUCUUUGGUUGUUCACCCUACUUGUAGUCGUUAUCUCGUCUUAGGCCUAUUGCCAUGUUUUCGUGAUAGAUCACUAGCCAUUACUCAUUAUCUUGGAUUUUGCUCCAUUUUAUAUGCCAUGGCUCUUUAUCCACGAUUUUAUCCUACUUUCCCUGCUAUCUCUUUUUUUAUAAAAACUUCUUCCCCAUUGUCCUAAUAAGACUACGCAUGGUGCUAUUCUAUGAUGGUGCUCGAUAUCUCUUUACCCUAGACUUCUAUUUAGAUUACUUGACGUGAUUUUGCCCUUGAUUUGACCCUGUGUCUCUUAUAAUCCGCAGAUUUCAUGUUACUCAUGGCUCUCUCAACUGCUAUUUCAUCUUCGGUUACUAGGAUGACUCCUUAUUCACAGUUCCGUUCCCAUGGUACUAAAUAAGACGCUUUUACUUCGAUUUAUCUCCCAAUUAUUUGACGUGAACAUCCAGAAGUUUGUACUCUACAUUUCUUCAGCCAUUAUUCUAUCCUUGGUUAUUCAGAAAAUAAGCUUCAUCCACAUGGGACAAACCUACAGGGGCUAUUGACUAUACUCUGUUUUUUUCCAUCUGUCCACUCGCCUGUGGUGUUUGCGUUUGGUAUCACUGCGUCCUGGGCUUUAGAUAGUUACGCUAUGUGUAAGUUUUAGGUAAAUAAAAGGAUAUCUGGCUGUAUAUUUGCAACUGAAAAGUGUUUUAAUAAUUUACUGUAUGUGAAUUACACCGUUAAUAUUCGAAAUAGGAUAUUGUUUUCAUUGUUGAAUGUAAGCUGCCUUUUCGGGGUGGCGUAACUAAUAUUUAAAGCAGGGACGCAGUGAUACCAUACGCAAAAACCACAGGCGGGUGGACAGAUGGAAAAAAAUAGAGUAUAGUAAUUCAAGCUACUCAAGAAUAUAUUGUUCAUUUGAAAGAAACGGCAGAAAAUGAUAGGAAAUAUAGAGAGAAAAAUAUCAGUCGUUAUAAGAGUAGAUAAAUGAGUAAAUUAAUAAACAAAUAGGUUAAAAUAUAUAUAAAUUGUUAGAGUACAAAAUGAUUUGUUUUAAGUAGAAAUGCAUUGCAUCUUUGCUUGAACUUCUGAGGUUCUAAUUGGGCAGCUUCCUCUGGGAGACAGUUUCACAGUCCAAGGGUCUCUUGGCAUGAUUUUGUAUAGGUUACUUGCCCUGGCGUUUUACAAAUUAUUUCUUCGUAAGCUACUUGCUAUGGUUCUUUAUCCACAAAUUUGUGAAUUGAUAUGAAUCCAAGUUAAAAUUUUGUUGUGUUUUGGAAAUUUAUUAAAAGCGUUAAAUUUCA